AUGACGACAACGACGAACUGGGUGGCGAACGGGGCAAGCCUUGAGGACUGCCACUCCAACAUCUUCUCCCUGGCGGAUUUGACGGGUAUCAAAUGGCGCUGCUACAACUUCCGUGGCAGCGGCGAGUACGGCCCAGUGAUCUCAGCGCCAGCUCAGGAUGACCCAGUGCUGCGCAGCUUCAUGCGCUGUGUGCAAGCCAACCUGCUGUGCGUGUGGCGCCGCAAGAUCAAACCCGAUGCCAAGGAGCUCUGGAUCUUCUGGUGGGGCGAUGAGCCCAAUCUGUCGGACGUCAUCCAUCAUGAAUUGGAAGUGGCUGAAGAGGGACUGUGGGAGUGCGGACUGUCCUACGAGUGCAGGACCCUGCUGUUCAAGGCCGUACACAACCUGCUGGAAAGAUGUCUCAUGGACAAAGGCUUUGUGCGAGUCGGAAAGUGGUUCUUCAAGCCGCAUCAAUUGCAGGAAAAGUCUUUGGGCAGCAGUGAGCACCUAUCAUGUUCCUUCUCCUUCUUCCUGCAUGGGGAGAGCAACGUGUGCACCAGCGUGGAGAUCGCCCAACAUCAGCCUGCAUAUCAUAUCACAGAACAGCACAUCCGCCUCGCGUACACCUCCGUCACGCCAAUACAAGUCAUCUUGAGCCCGUACGGUCUGAGCGGUACCCUGACUGGUCAGGCCUACAAAAUGAGCGACCCGGCCGCACGCAAGCUUAUGGAGGAGUGGAGCUACUUCUACCCGAUGGUAUUGCGGCGGAAGGAGGGAAGUGGCGAAGAGAAUGACGAGCCGGCUGAUGAUCGCAACGCUCAAGUGGCGGUGGAGGUGGUCGUCGGUGGAGUGAGGAUGACCUAUCCAGCUGCUUUAGUGCUGAUCGCCCAGGGUCACCUUCCUGUGGAACUGCCUCCACCUGCUCCUGCAGCUCAGGGCCUCUCUAGAGAGCAGAACCACUGCAGUGUGCCACUGACACCGCCAACAUCACCAGAGCAGCCAUGCUCCGCGGACAGUGGAUUUGUGACCUCAAUCUCAAGUGUCCCGACCCCAGACAGCAGUAUGGGGGUCAACAACCUUAGCCCAAAGCAUUCUGGGAAGAAGCUGACGUGUCAAGUGGUCCAUCAAGCCUGGAGGGAGUGCUACCUCAGCCAGCCUCAUCACACACUAAAGACGCCAUCUGACGUGACGCCUAAGAAGGAAGUGCCAAACGGAGUCACCACAUGGGACUUCAGUGACGUUGGAUCACGAGCGUCAUGCAGCUGCUCGAGGCUGAAGCAGCAGAAAUUAUCAACGGCUACAAACAACUCCAGCUCCCAGACCGGUGCCAAUCCGUCCUCUGGCUCAUCGCUAUACACACCUUCCAUUGCCAAACACAAGACUAGCGACAAGACGGAAAAAGCUGACAAACAAUCUAAGAGACCGGCCAUGAUCCCCUUUCACCACCGCGUGUCUGUUACCCAGGAGAACCCUCUGGAACAGGACUCAACUAGUGGGCCCCAGCUGGGUUCUUUGGUAUCGCUAGAACCACCCAUGGAACCUCUUGCCACUCUGGCAAGCUGCAAGUAUCCCAAACCUCUUUCAAACGGCAGGAAAGCUCCAGAGUCUCUUCUCCUGUCGCCAAUGUCCCCACUCCCUCCCACGCUUAGCCCACAUCCCCGGGUGCAAGACCCAGAGGUACUAGAAGGGCCCCAAGAUGUAUGUCAGGAGGCAGUCCAAGGCAUGGGAGUAAUGACCAGUGAGACGGCAGUAUUCACAGCUCAGCUAAAACAGAGAGAGAACGGGGCCGUCUGGUGGAGAGGCUUCCGGACUCCCAGGACUGAUAAGAUGGAUUUCAGACCUCCAGAAGUCUUGCCUGAUAAACUAGAGGAUGGGAGGACAGAGGCAGUCGCUGAAGGAGUGGCGCUAAAGCGACUUUACACACAGACGCAUAAGAGAUUUAAAAUCUCAGACGAGAGAGUGCGGGACCACGUCCAAACAUUAGGGCUGCUCCAGCAGCCAAGCGUGGAUGCGCUGCGCGAGCCAGGGGAAGACCCCUACGACUUCAAGGAAGGCGACAUCGAGUACACGUUCUCCUCUUCCAAGAGAUUAAAAAGUCAAGGACGGGAAUCCAGCAAGAGAGCCAAGAGUGAAGAAAUCACCAGCAAUGGCAACAUGCCAGAUGGAAAAGAUGCUAUGUCAAUUUUUAACUCUGCUCCUAAAUCAGACGAGUCCAGUCAGGACGAUGCGGCUGCCAAAGCCAAUCCUUCUCUCACCCGAGAAAAAGACCUGGUGGUGAACAUUUCAGAUCUAGACAACAUAUUUGAUGAAGAUGAGGAAGAGCUAGGGACGGUUUACCCCAACCAGCACUCAACAAAACUCCCAGUAUCCACAGAGGACCGUCCUAUGAGUAAAGAAGGCCGAGCCGCAGUACCUUAUCCAUCAACAGUAGCAGACCUGCAGCGAAUGUUUCCCACACCUCCAUCUCUGGAGCAGCAUCCUGCCUUCUCUCCCAUCAUGACGUAUCGGGACACACCGAGCCAGGAGCCACCUGCAUCCAGUGGAGCGCUGGACCACCUCACUUUGCCGGCCGCCUCUAUCCAGCCGCCUGAGUCCAGGAUGGAGCUUGAGGAGGGAAUGUCUAGUCCCUGGCAAGAAGACUUCAAGACACAGGUGGUCUCUUCCAUGUUCACGCCACUUCCCUGCCUACCGAGUCAGAGUUUAGCACCGCUUAAGAUUCCUGAGCAGUGCUACUAUCGCCCGUCAUGGGCACUCUUGCCCAAAAUGGAGCAUAUCCCAGCUGUCAUGCACACCAACAACAGCAGUUUAAUCAGAGAUGGAUACACAAACAUUCCAAGUGUCAACGCUCUAACAGACCAGGAGUUUAAUCAGUUGAGCGGCACCACGGCAUCUGGGAGUACCACUGUGGGCAUCUUGCCCUCUCCAGCCACGCCACGUUUCUCUGUACCUACUCCUCGCACCCCUCGCACGCCACGUGGCAUGAACCCCGCCAGCUCCGGCCAAGGUUCCGUGAAGCAGGAUGGUACUGAGCUAAGCUCACCUGUUUCGACCCCUUCCACCAGCCUGCCUCUCAGUUCUGUGGAGCCACUCUCUCGGCCAAGGCCAUGCCUUCCUGAGAGCCACAGCCUGUACGCCAUCCUCCUUCUGUCAGACUCCGUCCUCAACGUCUUUAAGGACCGCAACUUUGAUAGCUGCUGCAUCUGUGCUUGCAACAUGAACGUCAAAGGGGCUGAUGUAGGGGUGUAUAUCCCCGAUUCCACUUGCGAGGAUCAGUACCGUUGCAUGUGCGGCUUCAGCGCCAUUGUGAACAGGCAGUUGGCCCACGGCACUGGACUCUUCCUAGAAGACGAGCUGGAUAUUUACGGCCGACCCUCUGAAGUUGGACGGGCUGCUGAGAGGAGGCUGGCUCUUUGCCGGCGAGACUCGAUGAUGGGCGACCCCAGAGCAAAGCGACCCCAGGACACGGCUCCUGCUUCCCCAUCUGUUUUGGUCCUGCUUCAGGAACAGUGCUCUCAACCUAUUCCUUCCCUUGCUUCACUGCAUCUUCCCCACAGCUGUUCCAGCUAUUCCCGCAAGGGGGCGCUGCUUCAAAGUUGGUUGUCGGAAAAGCAGUGGGCAGACGGGAGCGAUGCCUGCGUGGAGUGUUACAAUGCCCUGGAGCAGGGAUUGCAGUACGUGGACAACUCCACAGGGGGGAAAGUUGAUCCAACUGUUGUAAGAAGUACAGCUCUUCAUCCCUGGCCUCACACUAACGUGGUGGAUAUGAGCAUGUUGUCGUCCCAGGACAUGGUGCGCUUGCUGCUUUCAUUGCAGCCCUUCCUACAGGAUGCCAUCCAGAAGAAAAGAACUGGGAGGACUUGGGAUAACAUUCAGCACGUUCAGGGCCCACUUACCUGGCAGCAGUUCCAUAAAAUGGCAGGACGAGGCUCGUAUGGUUCUGAGGAGUCUCCGGAGCCCUUGCCCAUCCCCACAGUGCUGCUCGGCUAUGAUCGAGAGCGGGAUUUCCUUGCACUGUCCCCCCUGGCUUUGCCUUUCUGGGAGAAGCUCUUGCUAGAGCCUUACGGCGGGCAACGAGAUGUGGCCUAUGUGGUACUUUGUCCGAAUAGCACUCCUCUGUUGGCUGCAGCCCGAUCCUUCUUCCAGGAGCUCAGUGCUGUUUACGAGACGUGUCGUCUUGGGAAGCAUCGUCCACUGGCCAAGGUAUCCCUGGAUGGCAUAAUCCAUGUAGGAGAGGAGAUGGAGUUAGAAAGGCUGGAGGAGUCUGAUAUAGAUCAGUGGUUGACUGGAACCUGGGCUGGAGAGCAUCCAGACAACCUCAGCAAACUGAAACUUUACGCCUAUGCCUGUAAGAUGCAGCUAGGACCACAGCUGUCAGCCCUUCCUUUGGACAGCACUCUACUGUUGCCAUCCAAAACUCAAACACCCAAGUCUUCAGCACAGCUUGCCUCCUCCGGACAGUCUCAAAUGUGGACACCCGAUGGAGAACCAGCUGUUGGGGCUGGUGGAUCAACUAACGUCUCCACGCCAACUGCAGCACCCCCUGGUCAGACGGGUGAAACCCCCGGAGGAUCCAAUGAGUCGAAAGGAACCUUAACUGGCACACCAGCAAGCAACAAACCAGCAGAGAACACUGAACUCACUGCUGAACAGUCAAGAAUUGGCAUUCCGACUGGACCUGACUCCACAGACAGCCGUAUCAACCCACCAGCCAUCGUUGUUUACAUCGUGGAUGCGUUUGUCAGCCCGACUGGGAUGCGGAGUGAAGGAGUGGAGGAAGAUGAAGGUGACGAUGUCGAGGCAGGUAGCGUGUGGCUACUUGGGCUUCUUCGCUGCUAUACGGAGAUGCUGCAGACCUUGCCUGAGACCAUAAGGCCUGCACUAGUUCUACAGGUGGUGCCAUGCCAGUACCUCCUGCAGCCCGCAAGCGGGGAGAGCCAUUUGUACCUCCAGCACCUACGCUCUCUGGCCUUCUCCUGUUAUUCGCAAUGCAGACGCCUGCAACCGCAACACACUCACAUUAAGUCCUUGACCGGCUUUGGUCCGGUGUCCACCAUCUCAUCUGUCCUCAAGAGCCCAGAUCAUCCAAACCCAGUCCAUCUAUAUACACCUCCAUUCAUCCUCGGGCCCACCCGGCCCAAGCAGCCAGAACAAGGAGAGAUUUGGGCCGAAGUCCCUCCCAGAUACAACGUACUCUUUGUGGGAUAUUGCCUAUCACAUGACCAGCGUUGGAUACUGGUGUCAUGCACGGACCAGCAGGGAGAGCUACUGGAGACGAGCAUAAUCAACAUUGAUGUGCCAAACAGAGCAAGGCGCCCAAAGGUUUCUGCUCGCAAGAUGGGUCUGCAAAAGCUGUGGGAGUGGUGUGUCGGAAUCAUCCAGAUGACUUCACUGCCAUGGAGGAUUGUGAUUGGUCGUUUGGGGAGACUGGGCCAUGGCGAACUUAAAGACUGGAGCUCACUCCUUGGGGAGCACUCACUACAUUCAAUAGGACGCCAGCUCAGAGAGGCCUGUCGCAUGUGUGGCAUCUCAGCGGCAGACACCCCCUCCAUCCUCAGUGCUUGCCUGGUAGCCAUGGAGCCGCAGGGCUCCCUUGUAGUCAUGCCUGACGCCGUGACGAUGGGCUCAGUGUUUGGCCGCAGCACCGCCUUGAACCUGCAGACGUCGCAGCUGAACACGCCUCAGGACGCCUCGUGUACACACAUCCUCGUUUUCCCGACGUCCGCCACCACCCAGCUGGCGCCGAGCUCUUACCCCACUGAGGACAAUAACGACGACAUGUUCGACCUUCCCUUUCCUGACGAAUUGGAGAAUGACAUUGGACAUGACAUGAUGUUGAUCACGGGUAACCUCCAUCCUUCUCCCAACACCUCCCCUGUGCCGUCACCGGGCUCUCCAUCUGGAAUGGGAAUGGGAUCCCAUUUCCAACACACCAGGAGCCAGGGGGAACGCUUACUCUCCAGAGACAAUCCCCCGGAAGAGCUGAAGCAGCAGCCGCUAGCUCUGGGCUACUACGUCUCCACCGCGCAGGCCAGCGGACUCCCCCACUGGUUCUGGGCACCGUAUCCUCAGGCUGAGAACCAGUGUCCACUGUUCCUCAAGGCUUCGCUCCACCACCACAUCUCCAUGGUCCAGUCUGAUGAGCUGGCAGCAGACAAGACGAAGAGGACCCCUCACCCGCUCGAUUCAAAGACCACCUCUGAUGUGCUCCGGUUUGUAUUGGAGCAGUACAACGCACUCUCCUGGCUGACCUGCACACCUGCGACCCAGGACCGCCAGUCUUGCCUGCCUGUCCACUUGGCCGUGCUGGUUCAAAUGUACAACGCCAUCCUCAACAUGCUAUAG